CAACACUUCUAAACCCAUGUAUAAGAUGGAUAUGGGAGAGACUGGAUCCUAUUUAGACUCGGACAUUGAUGGGGUUGGGGCUAUUUCACAAGAUGCAACUGGAACGGCUGAGCCUGCUCCAUUGAUAGCCAACAGUCCUCGAUGGGAGGAAACCCUCAACAAGAUCAUCCCUGCUAUUGUUAGUAUUCGUAUGAUAUGCGUCAGAAAUUUUGACACGGAAUCUCAACGCACGUCCCAAGCUACUGGAUUCAUUGUGGACAAGAAACAGGGGAUCAUAUUGUCAAAUCGGCAUGUGGUUCAGCCAGGACCUAUUCUUGCUGAUAUGAUUCUUAAUCAAUCGAAAGAGGAGGUGCGGUUAACACCUAUAUACAGAGACCCAGUGCAUGAUUUUGGGUUUUUCAAAUUUGACGUUUCUGCUGUAAAAUACAUGAAGAUUCAAGAGAUUCCAUUAGAGCCCGCCUUGGUUAGAGUCGGACUGGAUAUCCGUGUAGUAGGAAAUGAUAGUGGUGAAAGGUUGAGUAUAUUGAGCGGCACAAUGGCUCGUUUAGAUAGAAAGGCGCCAAACUAUGGAGCUGGAAGAUUCAAUGACUGGAAUACAUUCUAUUAUCAAGCCGCCUCAAUGACAUCUGGAGGAAGCUCAGGAUCACCCGUGAUUGAUGUAGAUGGCAAUGCAAUUGCGUUAAAUGCUGGAGGUGCAACGCAGUCUGCAACCAGUUUUUUUCUGCCCCUGGAUCGUGUCGUUCGAGUAUUAAAACUAAUUCAAGCUGGUCACUCGAUUCCUCGUGGCACAAUUCAGACAAUAUUUCAAUAUACUGCAUAUGAUGAGAUCAAGCGACUUGGACUUGAUACCGACAUUGAAACUCUUGUCAGACAGUCGUUUCCAGAGAACACGGGCAUGCUGACUGUCAGACAGGUUAUUCCUAAAGGACCAGCAGAUAAACUUCUUGAAGCUGGAGACGUUUUACUUCGAAUCAAUGACGAAUUGAUCACUAGCUUUGUUCCCAUGGAAGAGAUAUGGGACUCUAAUGUUGGUCAGUCCAUCAAAGUGUUGGUACAACGAGGACCUGAUAUCAAAGAGGUAAAUAUUACUGUUCAGGAUCUACAUUCUAUCACACCCAACAGAUAUCUUGAAGUCAGCGGUGGUAUUUUGCAUGAGCUUUCAUAUCAAAUGGCGCGCAGCUAUAUUGUUCCUACUGGUGGUGUAUUUGUUGCUGGAGCAGGAUACAUGUUGGGUCUUUCUGGCGUAUCUAAGCGGUGCAUCAUUGAAAGCCUCAACAACAAACCCACACCCACUCUUGAUGCGUUUAUUGAAGUCAUGGGAUCACUCAAGGAUAAUGAGCGAGUGUCUUUUAGAUUCCAUCAGUUGAGUGAUAUCAACAAGUCCAAAACCUCUAUUAUUUUGGCCGAUAGAAGAUGGCACGAUUUCAAAGUAGCUGUUCGGGAUGAUACGACUGGACUGUGGAACUACACAACGUUGCCUCCUUGUUCUGGCGAAGCUGUUCUUGAAUUCCACUCUGCCACGCAUCUCACCUUGGACGACAGUCUUGGCCCAGCAAAAAUUGUCAUUCCAUCAUUGGUUCAUGUUGCUUUUUACCUUCCAUUUAAAAUUGAUGGAGUUGUUGCGCAAAUCCAUACAGGCGUUGGAGUAGUGCUAGAUGCUAAAUGCGGAUUGAUUUUGGUUGACCGCAAUACAAUCCCUACAUCUAUUGGCGACAUUCUUCUUACAUUUUCCAACAGCAUCAUUAUACCCGGAAAGAUCAUUUAUCUUCAUCAAAUAUUUAACUUUGGUAUUGUGUCCUACGAUACCUCUCUGCUUGGCGACACGUUUGUUCGCUCUGUGACUAUUUCUCCCAAAGAACUAUCACAGGCCGAUUCAGUGCAUUUAGUUUGCUUGUCAAAAUCUUAUCAACCCAUUGUACGUAAAACUGUUGUGACCAACAUCAGGCAGUUCUUUGUCAAUGAAGGCGUUCCUCCAACCUACCGUGCAAUGAAUGUCGAAGGAAUUGAGCUGGAAAAUCCUGUAUCACAAGGCGGAGUAUUGACAACUGAGGAUGGCCAGGUACAGGGAUUUUAUGCAGCCUACACCAAACAUGGAUCAAAAUCUAGCGGUGAGUUUUAUAUGGGUUUAUCAAUGAGUGUCGUGAUUCCAGUCUUGGAUGCGUUGAGGACUCCAGACAAUAUUGCCAGCAUGAGUGGGAGUAAUGGUGUGCGUCACAACUUGAUAUUGCCUAGUAUGAAAACACUCGAGGUAGAGAUGACGUAUACUCAAGUUGCUCAUGCGCGGAUCAUGGGCUUGACAGAUGCAUGGGUGAAGCGUAUUGAAUCAUCACACCUCAGUCGCCGAAAUGUGAUUGUCAUUCGACGAGUGACGUCGGGAACAACUGCAUCAGACCUUGUUAAUGCUGGAGAUAUCAUUUUGUCGGUCAAUGGCAAACCCGCUACACAGUUUUCAGACAUUACUAGCCAUUACGACCAAUCGCAUCUUGAAUUGGUACUGCUACGCGAUGGAAAAGAAAUGCACGUCAACACGCCUCUUUCGACUAUGUUGGUAAGUGGAACAGAACGAGUUGUUGGAUGGGCUGGAGCCAUCUUUCAAAUGCCACACAAGGCCGUGUACCAGCAACUCAAUCACGUACCGUCUGGGGUUCUCUGCUCAGUGGUGUAUGAUGGUUCACCUUCACAGCUCUAUGCAUUGCAUCCACUAACAUGGGUGACGGAAGUCAAUGGUAUCCCCACACCCAAUCUUGAUGAGUUCUUGGUACAAAUCAUGAAGGUGAAAAAAGACACAUUUGUUAGACUGUCGACUGUGAGUUCAACACGAUUUGUCAAGGUCAUUGCACUAAGACCAAAUGAUCAUUACUUUGGCAUGUGGGAAAUUGUGAGGGAUACUUCUGUUGCUAGCACUUGGCGUCUAUCAAGCUUUUAAUUGAGUUUUGCAUUAUUCUGUCAAUGCUUUAAAUAUAUACUGGGGAAAAUAUGGCUGUAUAAUGUAGAUUUAUAGCCGUAUUCACGUAAAGUGAAACACCUGCCUUUAUUUUACUUGAAAUAGCCAAUGAUCAAAUAGUCGUUGUGCUUUCCUACUACAAAUGAUUGCUUCUUGAAUAAAUACAACAACCAUUAUAUGAUUCUCAC